AUAUAUUGAGAUUAAAAGGCCUCACCUCGAUGCUCACCUUCUCCAUAUUCUCGGCGGUGCUGGGCAUGCUGCAGUUUGGCUACAACACCGGCGUCAUCAAUGCACCGCAAAGUACCAUUGAGGACUUCAUCGCCAAGGUUCACCAUGAUCGAACUGGUCAGACGCUUUCCCCGACCCUGAAGUCCUUCAUUUGGUCAGUUACCGUGUCUAUCUUUGCAGUGGGUGGCAUGGUGGGCGGAUUUUCUGGCGGCUACGUCGCAAACUACUUUGGGCGAAAGAGAGGCCUCCUUCUGAACAAUGGCAUCGCUCUUUUGGGAGGCGCCCUAAUGGGCCUGAGCAAGCUGGCCACCAGCUAUGAGACGCUGAUCGCCGGCCGCCUCCUCAUUGGCCUCAACUGCGGCCUGGCCACUGCCCUCUCGCCGAUGUACCUCGCGGAGAUUGCCCCCAAGCGGCUUCGAGGCGCCCUGGGCACCGUCGCUCAGCUGGGCGUCACCGUGGGCCUCCUCCUCGCCCAGAUCAUGGGCCUGCCCAGCGUCCUGGGCACUGCAUCAGGAUGGCCCACACUACUGGGACUUGCUCUCGCUCCCGCCGUCCUCCAACUUCUUCUCCUUCCCUUCUGCCCCGAGUCGCCCCGCUAUCUGCUGAUCACCAAGGCCCGCCUGCCUGAGGCGACCAAAGCGCUCAUUCGCCUACGAGCCACUCCCAACGUUGAGGAGGACAUUGAAGAGAUGGAGGCGGAGGAGAGGGCCCAGCAGGCGGAGGCGUCGAUCAGCAUGUGCGAGCUGCUUCGCUCCAAAGCUCUCCGAACUCCGCUCAUAAUCGGCGUGGUGAUGCAACUCAGCCAGCAGCUCUCGGGCAUCAACGUCAUCUUCUACUACUCGACCGCCCUCUUCACUUCAGCGGGCGUCGAAGAGGCGGUGGCCAAGUACUCGACGCUGGGCGUCGGCCUGGUCAUGGUCGUCAUGACGCUCGUCUCGGUGGCGCUCAUUGACCGGGCCGGAAGAAGGACACUUCAUCUGACCGGUCUAGGCGGAAUGUUCAUCUUUAGCAUUGCCCUGACGGUGUUUAUCCUGCUUUCUGGUGGUGAAACCGGCCGUUCCUGGAUCGGCUACCUCUCCAUCGGCAGCGCCCUCCUCUUUACCGUAUUCUUUGCCAUUGGCCCGGGCUCCAUUCCGUGGAUGAUCACCGCAGAGCUCUUCAGCCAAGGUCCUCGACCGGCCGCGAUGAGCAUCGCCGUCCUGGUCAAUUGGGCGGCCAACAUGGCCGUCGGCCUGCUCUUUCCGCUGAUGACCUCA